GGGUGGGCAAACGCGCGCAAGGCCAAUAACUUCUUCAAACAAAGGUAACAUAUAGGUAUUGAGAAGAGAGAGAUGGGAGAAAAGAAGUUUGUGUUGCUGUUGUGCUUCUUUGCCGCGGCAAUGUCUACGAUCCGGGGUGAGGACCCUUACCUCUUCUUCACAUGGAACGUCUCCUAUGGGACCAUUGCUCCACUUGGAGUCCCCCAACAAGGCAUUCUCAUAAACGGUCAAUUUCCUGGACCCAAUAUCAACUCCACAACCAACAACAACGUCGUCGUCAAUAUCUUCAAUAACCUAGACGAGCCAUUUCUGUUGACAUGGAACGGCAUCCAGCACAGGAAAAACUCCUGGCAAGACGGAACGCUUGGAACUAUGUGCCCGAUUCCCCCCAAGACAAACUACACCUAUCACAUCCAAGUCAAGGACCAAAUCGGCAGCUACGUCUACUAUCCCACCACCGCCAUGCACAGGGCAGCUGGUGCUUUCGGUGGCCUACGCGUAAAUAGUCGCUUACUCAUUCCUGUCCCGUAUGCAGAUCCUGAGGAUGAUUACACCGUCCUUAUUGGCGACUGGUACACUAAAAGCCACUCCACCCUUAGAAAAUUCUUGGAUGGUGGCCGCGCCCUUGGUAGGCCAGACGGUGUCCUUAUCAAUGGAAAAUCUGCUAAGGGCGAUGGCAAGGACAAGCCUUUGUUCAGCAUGAAGCCUGGAAAGACCUACAAAUACAGAAUCUGCAAUGUUGGUCUCAAGAACUCCCUUAACUUCAGAAUCCAAGGCCAUACCAUGAAGUUGGUGGAGAUGGAGGGCUCCCACACAGUCCAAAACACGUACCAAUCUCUCGACGUGCACGUGGGGCAAUGUUUCACAGUUCUUGUCACUGCGGACCAAAAGCCGAAGGACUACUUAAUGGUGGCCUCCACUCGGUUCACCAAGAGCGUGCUUACUGGCAAGGGUCUCAUCAGCUAUACCAAUGGCAAGGGCCCAGCCUCACCUGAAAUCCCUGAGGCCCCUGUCGGUUGGGCCUGGUCUCUCAAUCAAUUCCGGACUUUCCGUUGGAACCUCACUUCCAGUGCUGCCAGGCCUAACCCCCAAGGCUCAUUCCAUUACGGUGCCAUUAACAUUACCCGCACUAUCAAGCUCGUGAACACAGCUGGCAAGGUUGACGGCAAGCUUCGUUAUGCUGUCAAUGGCAUCUCCCACAUUGACCCUGUCACCCCACUAAAGCUAGCCGAGUACUAUGGAGUCACAGAAAAGGUCUUCAAAUAUGACAUCAUCUCUGAUAACCCACCAGCUAAAGAUGCAGACAAAAUGACUAUGGCGCCGAAUGUCUUUAACAUGACUUUCCGCAACUUCGUCGAGAUCAUCUUUGAGAACCAUGAGAAGAGCAUACAGUCUUGGCAUUUGGAUGGGUAUUCCUUCUUCGCAGUCGCCAUUGAGCCUGGGAGAUGGACCCCAGAACGCCGGAAGAACUACAAUCUUUUGGACGCUGUAAGCAGGCACACUGUCCAGGUUUUUCCCAAAUCAUGGGCAGCCAUCCUCUUGACAUUUGAUAAUGCUGGAAUGUGGAACAUAAGAUCCGAGGUGGCAGAGAGGCGUUACCUGGGACAACAGCUCUAUACUAGUAUUUUGUCUCCUGCACGCUCCCUUAGGGACGAGUACAAUAUUCCGGACAAUGCCUUGCUCUGUGGUGUUGUCAAGGGUAUGCCCAAGCCCCCACCGUACAGCAUCUAAGAUGAUCUACCAUUGUGCUGCACCACUUCACACAUAUAUGAUCAGAUUGAGGGGGAGAUAACGGGAGAGACACUGUGCAUGAGACAAGAGACGUUAACUUAUGUAAUUGUACACAUUUUUUAAGCAAAGAGUGAAGAAGAUGGUAAAGAAUAAGAGAUUGGGAAAAAAUUUGUUGCUGCUUAUAUGUUAUAUGUCAACCUUUAGAUCAUUAUGACAUUAAAUUUUGUACCAUUUAUUUAAUAUACGAUAUGCUAUCUUCAUUUUUUUUAAA